UGAUGAUAUUUGUUUGGCAUCAUGGCAACAAGAUACAAUACAAUAUUUGAUUGUUCAAUCAUCUUAUUCUAAUCAGGCAUAUUGUAUGAGUUAUCAAAUUGAAGAAAAUAUUAUUGUACAAAAUGAUACUUCAAAUUGUAUGUUUGAAGAACAUACGAACAGUAAUAUUAUUUAUACUGGAAAAUAUAUCGGGCCAUGUUCUGCGAGUAUUCGUCAUCGAUUUUGUUUGACACUUAUACUAUUCUUGUUACUGUUUUUUCAUAGUAAACAAGAUAUUAGAUAG